GUGAUAAUGAGUGUGGAAAAACAACACUGAUUGCCAAACUACAGGGUAUGGAGGAUCCCAAGAAAGGGGCUGGCCUAGAAUACUACUAUAUUGAUGUCCGGGAUGAAUACCGUGAUGAGCAAGCUCGCCUCAAUGUCUGGGUAUUGGAUGGGGACCAGUCUCACACAGGACUUCUAAAGUAUGCUUUAACAGAGGAGAACUUUGCUGACACCCUGGUCUUACUGGUGGCCUCUAUGGCCCAGCCUUGGUUCAUUGCUGAGGCCCUCAACAAGUGGCUCACAGUGCUUCGGGAACACAUAGACAAACUGCGCAUCCCUCCAGAACAGAUGAGAGAGUAUGAACAGAGCUUGGUGCGCUUUUACCAAGAUUAUCAGGAGCCAGAAGAAUCUCAGACCAGCUCGCCAGCACCUCCAAGAGGGGAUGCCAAUCCCCUCCACCCUUCUGCACCUGUCUCAGAUGAGGAGAAAGUUGUACUCCCCCUCAGCCCCAAUACACUGACUCAGAAUUUAGGAAUUCCAAUAGUUGUAGUUCUAACAAAGUGUGAUGCAGUUUCAACUUUGGAAAAGGAGCAUGAUUUUAGAGAAGAGCACUUUGACUUCAUCCAGCAGUAUAUUAGGAAGUUCUGUUUGAAAUUUGGAGCUGCUCUGUUCUACACAUCAGUGAAAGAUGAGCGAAACUGUGAACUGCUUUAUCGCUAUCUAGUCCACAGGAUAUAUGGAUUCCCCUUCAGCACAUCAGCCUAUGUUGUGGAGCGGGACUCCGUGUUUGUACCCAGCGGCUGGGACAAUGAGAAGAAAAUAAGCAUUCUGUAUGAAAAUAUGACUUCUGUCAAGCCUGAUGACAACUUUGAGGACACAAUAGUUAAGCCUAUCUUAAGAAAGUCCGUACAACGUGAUGCAGAGGUGGUUGCUGAAGAUGAACAAAUCUUUCUAAUGAAGCAGCAGACACAGCUUGCCAAGCAACCAGCUGCUGGUCAACCUGGGGAACCAGCAACACCUCGUGCAGCUCGUCCACCUACUCAACGAACUCCUGAGCGUGCUGGAGCUGCUCAGACAUCACCAAUGCGUGGAAAGGAUUCUAAAGGGGCACCACCUGGGGCAGCCACAGAGGGAAUGCUAGCCAAUUUUUUUAACAGCCUGCUGAACAAAAAGACGGGAGCUGCAGUAGCAGGAAAAGACAAAGCAGCAGUGACACGAGAUGCCGCAGCAGAACUGGAGCGAAUGACACGUGGCAAGAAGACUGUUUCUGAGACAAACUCCAAUGAUACUGGUGCUUCCGGCUCCUGAACUGUUUGUCUUGUGAUUCUUAUUGUCAGCUGUGGCUUCCAUGGGCCUCUGCUUGUGGCUUGUCCGGCUGCCAUUUUCGUCAGUUUCGUCUUUUGUCAUCAUCGUCAUCUUCAUCUCUGUUUGCACAUCAGUUUGGGCUGGUCUUGCUGAUUAGCUUUCAGCGUUUAGUCUACUUCUGAAGUCAAACAGAGGGGCCAGCUGUGUGCCGAGGAUGAGCGUGGUGCUAGACAGCAGCAGUACAGGAACUGAUAACUCGCAAAGAUAUCUGACUUCUGCUUCAGAGGCAUAGAGGAACAUGUGCAUCCUGGUGAGCUGCUGUCAAGGGUUAGGUUAUUGGCUUGAGGUUGCUACACCUGCUGCCAAGAAUUAUAGAAUAUGCAUUACACUGUGACACAUACUGCCACUGAUAGCUAUGCUUGAUAGGAUAUCAAACAGGCCUGGCUCAAGACAAUGCGGGCAAGAUUUUUCCCUAGAAACAUUCAUGUAAAAAUGUACUUUUAUCUUCUGUUAGUUAUAGCUUAAGAAAAAGAAGCAUCUUUCUAGAAACAUGCUCAGAUAUCUUAAAACAAACCAUACAGUUCAGCAAAAAAAAUUAAUAUUUAAAGCAAAUGAUUUGUCUUAUACUUCACUUUUAUACAAGAGGGAUGGCCAGAGCAGCAUUCCUUGAUGAACACCUGGAUAGCACAACUUACUCUUAAAAAGUGAUAGGUCUCUUAGACAUUAUGUGAUUUGUAAGUCUUCUGUGGAAGAGUUAUUUUCUGGUUUUGUAUUUUACGUUUUCAUUGGUUGGUCCUGUGAUUUGGCUCAUCAGCAACCAUUCUUCAGAUGUGUCCACUUGUUUAGAUGAUGAUAAAGCUGUACUGCAUCUUGGAGUCUAGAUGUGUGCUUUAAAAAAAACGUAAUAUAAAUUAGUUAAGGGAAGAAAUACAUAUAUUAUGCUUGUGUGGACUGGUACAUUUUUGGGGUUGUCCAUCAUAUUCCACAGUUUGAGAACCAUAAAUUUGAUGGCUUUACUGUAGUCUGUCAAUUAUGUCAAAUGUUACAGUGUUUAUCUCCAUCAGCUACCGUGUACUUUAUCAAAGGUUUAAUUCAUUUUGUAUAUUAUUGCCUUUUCUGUCUACGUAAGAAUGUAAUGCUUCAUUAGGUUUUCAGCAGUCUUGUCAAUUAAUGGGGUUAAGGUUGGGUGUGAACUAAACAGCUCACCUAAAUAUCAACAUACUAGAGCAUGAAUUAUCACAGUUUAGCUUUUAGCUUUUUUUUUUUUGGCAACACUGGCUUCGGGCAUUGGCUGUAAUAAAUAGUGCACAAAUGGAUUGUGACUCACAUUACUCGAGUCAGCUUAACACACAGGGUCUGGGCAUUCACUGUAAUGGCUACCGACCUUUGCUUGCUGCCCCUUGUCAAAAAGCUGCUGCUGUUGUGCAUUAACAAAAUACAAUAUGGGGACUGACUACAUUAGAGAGUGAAACUUGGGUAUCCAGCUUCUUUGCUUAAGUUCCAUGUUGUGUUAGACUGGUUAAACUCAUUUGUCCAGUGCUGCACAGCCUGUGAGUUCGAAAACAUACAAUAGACUGCCAAAAUGUGGAGAAACAAGCUGCGAAGAAUCCGGGGGCAGUGAUAAGAGCACUCUCCAGGUCGCCAUAGAGAUCUCAAUAGUAGUAGUCCCUAGUCUUACAAAUCACUUUAUACUUUUUUAUAUUUGCAAAUGCAUAAAUUAUUUGCUAACAUACAAACUGAAACUCACAGAGUCCUAAAUACUGUAGAGUACAUCAGCAUGUUUUUACACAGUCUUGUGAUGCCUGCGUGUGUGUAGCAAGUGUGAGUGUGCGGCUGUUUUAUCCUUUUGGUGCUUUGUGAAUAGCUUGUCUAGUUUUGAAUUAUCCCCAUCUUCCUAAUGAUAGAGCGCCAGGAGGGCCCACUGCUGGUGUCUGUGAGCAGUUGUUUCUACAUUUGUUUAUUGUUGUCUGUGAGCAGUUGAUCAUUUUGAGAUUUUGUUUGUUGCCAUGCAGAAGAGACGUGGUGGCUGUUUUUGAGCUGUUGCUUGUUUCGAGACAUGAUUACAAUAUAGUACAUAAACAGAUGCAUGUUGGGGAAACCUGCUUCUUACACAAACAGUUGCAUAUUCUCUUUUAAUGUUUUACAUAAAUCUGUUCUUUGAUGUCUGUUUAUUAAUCGUUAAGUGUUUGAGGUGGUUGUUCUACUCUACAACAGGGGUGUCGAUUACAAAAGCUUAUUGUACAAAGUUUCCAUUGACUAUUCACAAUCUUGGAGAAUAAAACAGAGAAAUUAGCAAUGUUUCUGUUGGGUGAAGUGUGCAUCCGUUAAGACCUAGCCAGAAUCCUUUAAAGGGUAAGCCAUCUUAGGUGCGCAGAUAAAGCAGCAAUACUAGCUGUUCAGAUAAUGGUCUAAAUGGAUUAGAAUUCCUGUUAUUUUAGAGCAGCAAAUAGAUCCUUUUGGUGACCCUAUCAUUUGAGAGCAAACAUGCUCUUUCAACAAGCUCAUUGCCUCUUUUCUGCUUUGUUUUUCCACCUGACUUUCUGUGAUAUUUUGAAUAGAAGAGCAUAAAAGUGCUGUGGAUAAUUGUCUGAGCAACUGAGGCAAAAUGUAGAUGUAGUUUUUGUGUUCGAUUAUUUCUCAGAAGAAUUUUUAUGUAAUAUUUGUAUGAAAUGUCUGUAAAAUUUAGACAACACCUGUAUGCAAUAAUAUACAAAAUAAGUAUAUGGAUUAUAGCAUACGAUUCAUAAAUUUACAUUAAGUAAUUUAUACUGAAGUAUUAAAAGUUGUUUUUUAUGUGUUAUAGAAGUGUAUCAUUUCACAUGUAUGUUCAUUUUUUACUAGUAUCAAAAACUGUUAAGGUAAUAGUUACUGAAUAGCCAAGCUAAAAAUAAAAUGUUUCUAAAUCAUUUCCUCAGUUGUUCAAGCCACCAUCCACUGUUUAUUAGUGUCAUGCUGUUCAAAGUAUCACCAAAAAACGAACCCACCUGACAUCUGGCAGGAAACUGUGCUAGAAAAGAGGUGAGCAGGGGCCAGAAAAAUAAACAGUCCACUUGUGAUCAAAUGAGCUUAUUAUAGACUUGACUGCAAUAAAGGCAACACAUUUUUUAUUUGUUUAUAUAUCUUUGCUGGUUGCAUAGCAUCUGCUUAACCAAAAGGCACAAACUUUAGUAAUAGAACAAAAGGUGGCCAUUUGUAGCAAAAUAAAAAUGGGGAAAGUAAUAGGAAUGAGGUUGUCAAUGAACAGUAGUCAUCCAGUUAGGGGAGGACUGGUCAAAAGGCAGAGAUCUGUACAUUAGAAGAAGAAAAUGUUGAUUGUUGGUGGCUGUGGGUACUUGUAUAAUUUCUGCUCGCACAAAAAUUCCACAUGAAGGUGGUUUUACUAAUGCUUGUGCAUACAAAGCUGAAGGAUGAUGUACAAAUCUAGUCUGGAAUGAUGUGACUGCAGCAGAAAUUUGUCACUGCAGCCACUAUAAAGGAUAGGUCAAGAAAUAUACUGUCAUGAAAAUGUGAAUUUCUUGCGAGAUUCAAAUAUUCAGGAUUGUCUCCACUCUUUGAAUUUUGUGGACACUUUUUGACAGUGGGUUGUGUGACCCAGAACACCUCUAUAUUUUAUGGCAUGAGGGGUCUAGAAGAAAACAAUGUGUGAUCAUUGGAGAAUUUGUAAUUUGUAAAGACAUUAAAUCCUCUCUUCUGUGUUUACAUGUACAUUAGUUCUCCUCUGUAAAGAUGUUAAGGUUUUCUUUCAGCCUUGCUUAUGUACAUUAGAACCACUCUGUAAAGAUGUUAAAGACUAUUCUUCUGCUAGUGCUGCUGCUUUGUGUACAUUAGUUCUAUUUUAUUACACGUGCUUAAGGGUCACAAGCAGGUCUAUAAUGUUCUAUGUCUUGUAGUGUCUUAGCAAAUAUCCUGUUUUCUUCAAUAGAUAACUUGGCUUUACGUGCUGGAUAGUAAAAUGUAUCUAAUCUUAUAAAGAAUUGAGAGCAGAGUAAUAUCCUGUAUACUUUUGGAACGGUGAUCCAUAGACCUUACCAGUGGUGACUACAGCAUAUUUGUCAUCACUAAGUCAUUGACCACUAUAAUGUCUAGGAAAGCAAGGCUAUUCUACGAGACAGUGCUAACAUCAGUUAUGGAAUCCACCUCUUAACAUCCAAAAAAAGGGAUUUGUUGAGUAAAAUACAGUCAAAACUUGAUAAAAUGUUUUGGAAAACUUUUUCGCUGACUUGAUCUAACAUGACAGAAAGAAGAACACCAUAUUGACUUGUUCCUUCUUUGCUAUUCUGCAAGAGAGAAGUUUUGCUUGAUCUUUCUAGACAUAGAGGUUUGGUCUUGCUGCGUAGUCUUCACUCUUCUGUACUAUUCAACGUUCACUGGAGACAUUUCUGUUUUCCCCAGUUCAGGUAGUGGGGUAGGAAAAGUUCCAUUUUACUAAUUAGCUUAGAUGUAGAUUAGAUUUCACAUUAACAGUUAUGUCUUUGAUUCGUUAACGUUUUUUGUCUCCCAUUUAUAAGUGUCCACAAGCACACAAAUGGCUGUUCACUCGUGUCAAUUUACAUUUACACCUGUCAAAUGGUUUUCAAACAAAAAAUUAUAAAGGCUUGUUUGAUAAGCCAUUAAUCCACUUUAGAUUCAGUUUGCUUGCAUUUUACACUGUUGGGAUUGUUUGUACAUUUUGUAAUCAACCAUGAACAGGUUUUCAGCAAAGAAACGCACUUAUUUGUCAUCAUUUAGUUUGCUGAAAGAAAGUGAUCACCUUGUCCAUUCAAAUGUGGUGUUGCAUAUAUUUUUUCUGAAAUUUUUUUUGCUUGUGACAUUGUCCCCAAGAAAAAUGUACAGUGCUUCAUAUAUUUAUAUUCCUAUUUUCUGUUAUUUAAAAUAUUGAUAAAUAUGCUUCUGUGAAGUGAAAAUGAGGGAGGCAUGAGUAGGGAAUGGCAAAAGAUCAGUUUCUUUGAUCAAGCGGUUGUUAAUGUGUUACUAGGAAAAAAUGGAAAGCUAUUGAAAUUAAGACAAAAUGGAUUAAACAAUGAAGAAGAUGAAAACAUAAACUGCUGCAGGAAAAUACCUUUCUCAUUUGAUGCAAAUGAAGAAGUUUGCAAACCUGAUUUUUAUCCAAAUUAUUCACGAUCAUUGGUGAUAUUCUGAUAAUUUUGUUGAUGUAGUGCUUGUCAGUAAAGAACAUCUAUGUACUGUAUUACAAGCUCUUGGUUACUUGUUUCCCCUUCUUCACUGCCCCCAUCUGUCUCACCCCCAGAAGAAAAGGCCACGCUGAAAGCCACAUUUGCUUAAAAUUUGAAAAAAGACAGCCUGGCACUUUUGUCAUGUAACUGUCAAGCAGACUUUAAAGGUCUGCUUCUCAUUGUAAGGGUUGUUGCAAUAAAUCCUUCAAACAGGUGACACCUGUCCAGA